AGUAGUUCAACUGGUAUCAGUAAAGAAAACCAAAAAAAAUUUGUGUUUGUUGAAAUAAAGGAAACAUAGGAAUCUGUAUAUCAAAACCAAAAGGGGACAGAGCCUUAGAACCACAACAAUCAAAUGUGGUUCAAAGGCUCUCGUCCCCUAUUAUUCCAACAACAACAGGGACAUCAUUUAGAGAGAAUAGUGAUGCUACUAAGAUGAAAGGUUUAUUUAAGCCUAAACCAAAGACUCCUGUUGACUUUGUCAGGCAAACUCGUGAGCUUCUUGUUUAUCUUGAACGUGUUCAAGAUACUCGUGAUGGUAAACGUGAUGAAAAGAUGAUGGAGUUAAGCAAGUCAAUCCGAGAAUUAAAGCUUAUUCUUUAUGGGAAUGGUGAAUCUGAACCUCUCGCUGAGGCUUGUGCUCAGUUGACUCUAGAAUUCUUCAGAGAGAACACGCUUCGGCUGAUAAUUAAUUGUCUUCCCAAUUUGAAUCUAGAGACCCGCAAAGAUGCUACUCAAGUAGUAGCAAAUCUGCAGCGACAGCAGGUUCAGUCACGGCUGAUUGCCUGUGAUUACUUGGAAGCAAACAUUGAUCUGAUGGACGUAUUAGUAUUAGGAUAUGAGAAUGCAGAUAUGGCUUUGCAUUAUGGUGCAAUGUUGAGGGAGUGCAUUCGCCACCAGAGUGUCGCAAGGUAUGUCUUGGAGUCAGAGCAUAUGAAAAAGUUUUUCGAUUAUAUUCAGCUGCCAAAUUUUGACAUUGCUGCUGAUGCUGCUGCAACUUUCAAGGAACUCUUGACAAGGCACAAAUCAACAGUAGCUGAAUUUCUUUCGAAGAAUUAUGACUGGUUUUUCACGGAGUAUAACUCGAAGCUGCUUGAGUCUAGUAACUACAUCACCAGAAGACAAGCUGUCAAGCUCUUGGCAGAUAUGCUGUUGGACCGCUCAAAUUCUGCUGUAAUGACACGUUAUGUUAGCUCAAGAGAAAACUUGAGGAUUCUCAUGAAUCUGCUCAGGGAGUCGAGCAAGAGUAUCCAGCUAGAAGCGUUUCAUGUCUUCAAGCUAUUUGCUGCAAACCACAACAAGCCUCCGGAUAUUGUGAGCAUCCUUGUUGCUAACAGAAGCAAACUUCUUCGCCUCUUUGCCGAUUUUAAGACUGACAAAGAGGAUGAGCAGUUUGAGGCCGACAAAGCGCAAGUUGUCAAAGAAAUUGCAGCCCUUGAACCUAAGGACAACAAAUAAAUCACAGCCCUUGACCCGAGGAAUGCUGUUGAACUCGACUCUAGUUAUUUUCUGAGUUGUUGAGCUGUGUUGUAUCUUUAAUACAAAAAUGGUGUUUCUCUACUGAGCAAUAUUUUUAUUGUAUCUUCACCUGGCUUUUGUCAGUGCCAUUUCUUCUCAUUCAUUUCUGGUCUCUCACAUUACUGAAUAUAAAGUGUGUCUUUUGAACAAUGCUCUCAUAGAUUUGAGCAGUUUUAAAGAACUUUCACCA